GAGUGACGGACUAAUCUUUGCCCAUACAAAUUGGCUAAUUAUUGGCCACUUGGCCAGUAUAGGCGCUACUCUUUGCAGCCUCACCUCCGCUUUGUAUCGCAAAACUCUCCGAUUUAGGCGGAGAUGCGGUCCAUACCACUAGGCGGCGUCGGCAUCACAGUAGCGCCGACUUCCAACGCUGCUUCCUGUAAAUCUUCCAUCUCUUCCACCUUCAACUCCACCAAACUUCGUCUUCCUUCUUCCUCCAUUUCACCCCACUUCUCUCAUCAUUUCUUUCUUUCUUCGUCUUCUCCGCCUGCUAAUUUCCCAGGAGCUUGCCAGGCUAGUCAAGUUGCAGACUUGUUUCCAUCUGUCACACCUGAGGUAGUUGUUCGAGAAGCUAGAUUGGAUGACAGUUGGGAAGUGGUUGAAACACAUUGUAGCUCCUUCUUCCCUGAAUAUUCCUUCCCUUUGGACUUUGUAAUGAGGAUUGAUAGACUCAUUGCAAUGAUAUUUGGAUUUCCUGUUCCUCAUGGUUGCAAAAGGACUUGCUUGGUCGCAGUUGUUGGUAGCUCUACAAACACCUUCUACAUUGAAAGUGAUGAUCUCAAAUUUGGUGGAUUUGAUGCGAAAUUCUCUCUGAAUAAAGGUCAUGUUGCGGGAAUCUUAACUGUGGACACUGUUGCUGAUUUCUUACCUAGAAAAGGAUCUUUGAGGCAACGAAGGACCGGCAUAGCAUACAUUUCAAAUGUGGCAGUACGAGAGAAAUUUCGACGCUUGGGGAUAGCUAAAAGGCUCGUCGCCAAGGCUGAGGCUCAAGCCUGGAGCUGGGGCUGCCAUGCUGUUGCACUUCAUUGUGAUUUGAACAACCCAGGGGCGACAAACUUGUACAAAAGUCAGGGUUUUAAAUGUAUAAAAGUUCCCGAGGGAGCAAAUUGGCCCCAACCCAAGACCUCUCCGGAUAUCCAAUUCAACUUCAUGAUGAAGCUUGUGAGAGCUCCAACAACCUCCUCAUAAGUUGUGCUUGUGCAUAUUCAAAGAGAUUUAUAUCAAAGAAGGGGGAGGUAAUUAGGAAUCAUUUCUUGUACAAAAUUUGCCUCGCUUCUCAUAUUCGUCUGUACAUGCCAUGUCCUUGUACAAGGUGCGUUCCACCGGACAUGGCUGCUGUCUGUAUAAUCAAAGCUAGAUUGUUAUUAGUGUCACUUUUAUUUUAUUUUAUUUUUUUUUUUUAAAAAAAAAAACUCUUAACAGACCACCAUCCCACCGUAUAAAAGUUGCUCAACAAGCCCAGUCAUACUCGGAAUCAACAUUCGUGCACCAAACUUUCUACCCGAUUACUGUAACAUCUUUAACGCUUUUUAAUGCAGGACAUUGACAUUGAUAAUGUUGAAAUGAAAGUAAAAGGGUUGUAGAAA